AUGUCUCUUGCCCUUGCUGACAUUGCUAAUACAUUUUAUAGACCUUCUGUCACUCUCCCUGAUGAAUGUCUUCUAUAUGUACCAAUUACUCCCAAUAUUUUCCUAGGGGUGCUAGACUCAAUAAAGAAAGAUUAUGGCAAUAUACCAAUAUACAUACAUGAAAAUGGCCAAAGAACACCUCACAAUUCAUCAUUAGAGGACUGGUCGAGGGUGAAGCUCUUGCAAGAAUACAUUGGAAGUUUGGUUGAUGCGCUAAGGAGUGGAUUAAACGUAAAAGGUUAUUUUGUAUGGUCCUUCAUGGAUGCAUUCGAAUUAGUGGGUGGAUAUGAAGUAAGUUAUGGCCUAUACUACGUAGAUAUGAAUGAUCCAAACUUAAGGAGGCAACCAAAGCUUUCUGCUGAAUGGUACUCAAAUUUUCUGAAAGGGAAACCUAUGCACCAGAAGACCACCGAAGAAAUUGCGAAGAAUGUGCUGUCACACGAUACCAUACUGCAUAGUGGCACAUAA